AUCGACCCUGAAACUCAACCGACCGGCUCAACCAGCUCCUCCCUCUUCAGUCUUCCCCCUUCCCUUUUAACCUCCCCGCCAAUAUUUUCCCCUUUCCCUUCUUCAAACUCCAGGUCCAGCUGCCAAUUCAAUCAGUGUCCGAUCAAAUGAAACAAAAUACCAGGUCGACAAAUUGAACAGCCUUCUCGUACUUCAGAUUCACCCUCACCGGCCGCCGUAGGAAGCUGACGGGAUCUGCUACUGCUUUUCCACUUGCAGAGGGAGUCAACGCAUCGGCAAAUUCAGAUUUCGCAGCUCCAAAUUGACAGCGGGGGAGUAAUAUGGAGUCUCAAGGGCAACGUGGAAGUGGGAGCAACAGGCGCGUCGGAAGGUACGAGCUCGGGAAGACGCUUGGGGAAGGAGCUUUCUCAAAGGUCAAGCUUGCCAGGAACACCGAGACUGGGGAGACCGUUGCCAUCAAGAUCCUCGACAAGGGCAGGCUCCUCAAAUAUAAGAUGAUCGCUCAGAUUAAGCGAGAAAUAUCAACCAUGAAGCAAAUUCGACACCCAAAUGUCAUCCGUAUGCAUGAGUUAUCUUUCUCAUUCCAUCAUAGCUCAAAAGAGAAUUUGUCUGGUUCUUGGGAUUUCCUUUGGGAUCUUUCUCUUCUGCUUCAGGUGAUGGUAAGCAAGGAAAGGAUAUAUAUAGUCAUGGAGUUUGUGGCUGGUGGUGAGCUUUUCGACAAAGUUGCAAGAGGGAGGCUGAAAGAAGCUGCAGCAAGGAGGUAUUUUCAGCAGCUUAUAAAUGCAGUCGAUUAUUGCCACACUAGAGGUGUGUAUCAUCGAGACCUAAAGCUUGAGAAUCUGCUUCUAGAUGGUUCUCGAGUACUUAAAGUUGCGGACUUUGGACUUAGUGCAUUGCCUCAGCAGCUUAGGGGGGAUGGGUUACUUCACACAAUGUGUGGCACCCCGACUUAUAUUGCUCCAGAGGUAAUCUCCAGGAAGGGUUAUGAUGGAGCCAAAGCAGAUGUAUGGUCUUGUGGUGUGAUUCUUUUUGUCCUGAUGGCUGGCUACAUGCCUUUUCAUGAUUCGAACAUAUUGGCGAUGUACAGAAAGAUUUGUAAAGCUGAUUAUUCAUGUCCUCCUUGUUUCUCCACCAGUGGAAAGGAACUCAUUAAAAGGAUAUUGGAUCCCGAUCCAGCUACUCGAAUCAGUAUUGCCGAGAUUAUUGAAAAUGAAUGGUUUAAGAAAGACUACGAGCCACCUGUUUUUGAACAUGCUGACAUUAGCCUUGAUGAUGUGGACUCCUUCUUCAAUGAUUCAGCAGACACUCGGAAUCUCGUUGUGGCUCCUAUGGAUCCUUCUGAACUGAUCACUACAUCUCGGAGUCUCAAUCUCAGUAGUCCAUUCCAGAGGCAGAUGGGACUUGAUAAACGUGAAACUGGAUCUGCAUCAGAAAGAACUGCUAGUGACAUAAUGUCACAAAUUGAAGCAGCAGCAACAUCUCUGCGUUUUCACGUGAAGAAGAAUAACUUGAAGAUGACUCUUCAAGGAGAGAAGACAGGACCUAAAGGUCACCUGUCAAUUGCAGCUGAAAUCUUUGAGGUGGCUCCUUCUCAAUACACGGUCGAGCUUCGCAAGUCUGGUGGCGACGCCCUGCAAUUUCACAAGUUUUACAAGACCAUCUCGACUGGCCUGAAGGGUGUUGUUUGGAGAACAGUGGAUGAAGUGAAGGAAGAAGGGAACGUAUAGGUUGGAAGCACUAGUUGAAAAGGUGUGCAAUAUGACACUACUCUCUCCCUUUCCUCUGCAAGUGUGGAUCCUCACCAACCCAUGAUGAAGAUCAACUCGAGGUUCCUCAUUUUCAUUCCACUAUCAGUAUGAAAGCCUCCACAAUGAACUGUAUAAUCCAUUUCCGAAUCAGACCGACCAUUCGUUUCGACCGAAAGAUCAAGAAUCAGAAGGAUACUUUACACUGCAAGCUUAGAUAACAAUGGAUGGAAUGGAACCCUGGCAUCAAUAAUAUAGCUUCUAUUCUUACACGCGAACAUGCAAUACAACCAUAAAAAGAGAAUCCAACUUCUAAUGAGGGUAUAUUAUCACCCGCCUUAUCUAGCCUGACUGGUCAGUUGCAUCAUUGUUAUCACUUAACAGGACAAAAUUUCCACGAUAUGGUUUCGAAAUCUUAGAUCGUAAGGCAGCAGCAAUAAUGUUACUAAUGUUCAUCUUCCACCUCAUCCCGAGAAUCUGGUUGAAGAUUCAAGAUCUGGGAAACUACAAGCUUAGACAGCUCACUUAUUGUGGCGUGAACAUGGUCAUCGUCCGAAGACUGUAUGGGCCAUACUGGAGAUUGAGAUCUUGACCUGUUGUACUCGAUAGCAGCUACUCCUGUUCUUUUCGAUGUAGCCAGAACUUUCUCCAGGUCUGCCUGGGUCAUUGGACGUGGUUCCUGAUGUUUCUUGCCCUUCUUCUCCUCAUCUAGUAGGUCCCUGAUAGGAAAAUAAGCAGCCUUCUUGCAGAGUUCAAAAAUAUCAGAACCUGUGUAACCAUCACAAAGACUCGCUAUAUAGUUGAAGUCGAUGUUACGUUCAACACUCUCGUCCUUCAAAAUCACCUUCAAUAUUUCAGCCCUCUCCCUGCAAUCGGGCAUUCCAAUCUCAAAGGCCUGUGGAAGGCGUCGAAGUAUUGCCUCAUCGAGUUCAGAUGGACGAUUAGUAGCAGCUAGCACCAUCACUCUUGCAUUACCUACAUUAUAUUUUGAACUCACAAACCAUCCCACAAAGCCAUGAACUCAGUCUUCAUAUUUGUCAUUGCUUCCUGAUCUGAAGUACGGCGCUGUCCCAGAAAACUGUCUACCUCAUCAAUGAAUAUGAUAGCCGGCUGGAGUUUAUAAGCAAGGCUAAACACAGCAGCAACGAGCUUUUGAGCAUCACCAAACCACUUGCUCAUCAGAUUUGAAACCUUUACAUUGAUGAAAACAGCACCAGAUUCUUUUCCAAUAGCUUUAGCAAGCAUCGUCUUUCCUGUACCUGGAGGUCCAUAUAACAAUACCCCCUUCUGAGGACCCAGAAGCUUCCCGUGUGAAAAGAGUUCAGGCCUCCGAAGAGGAAGAAUAACAAGUUCAUAUAAUGCUUCUUUGAUGCUGUGUAAUCCGCCAAUAGAAUUGAAUUCUACAUCAAUGCUAUCAGGAUUUAUAACAUCACAAGCUAUCACAUCCUCGUAAGGAUUGGUCUGUAUAAGAGGACGACCCAGCCGCUUGGCGAUUUCCUUCUUCUGUUCAAGGGAUUUCUUCGCAGCAUCCUUAUUGGGGUCGAGAUGGCGGAGCCCGGCGAACAGGACAAGACAGCUCAAGGCGGCGCUCGCUGCGUACAGCAGCAGCUCCUGCAAGACCUUGGUCUCCGAUGAACCACCCAUUGACGGGAAACCCAAAAAAAAAAAAAAAAACAACAACCACCGAGUGAAUAAGAGGGAAAAUUUCAAGGGUCCUGAAACUGUGAUGAAUCUCUUGGGGAGGUGGGUGGUGGGAACAGCAAUUUGGUUUUUGAAGGAUGAGAUAGAGAAGAGGGAAGCCAAAGGGCAAAGGGGGGUUGGGGUUAUUUCGAUUGUUUCUGAAAUUCGUUCCUUCUUCUUGGGGACGAAGAAAC